AUGGCAAAACCUCGAAGAGUCCCUGGAAUUUUGGGCCUCAUUGCCUUAGGUAUCACAGCAUGCAUCGCCAUGAGGGCCCUUUGUAAGUAUUCUGGCCUGGUUGCUUUUCAACCCCCAACAGAAACUAGAAAGGGAAAGACAAACAUUUUGAUUAUUUCAAAUGCAAGAUCAGGAUCAUCGUAUCUUGGGCAAAUUUUCAAUCAUCACCCGCAGGUCUUUUAUAUCUAUGAACCUUUGAUAACAUUUCAAGUGACAUCGGUGCGUAACUCUUCACUCUACGAACAGACGGCACUGGGCCUCCUACGCGACAUUUUCAACUGCAGAUUUAAGCAGCAAACAGAGUUUUUAUCUUUCAUGUCGCAUAUGCAGCUCAAUCGCUUUUCAAGCCACGCCUUUACCUCGCCCUAUUGUAAAAACAUAACCAACGCGAAGGAUAAUCGAACUAUUAUUUAUUGCAAAGACUUAGAUCCCCUCAUAACUUCUUUGUCCUGCUCGCUUCACAGCCACACAGUAGUGAAAGUUCUCGCUCAUAGAUUGCCAUUUCUAGACGUUGAUCGUCUUCAACGUUUAUUGGCUCGCGAUCGAGAUAAUUUAAAAAUCAUUCACCUGAUGCGAGAUCCAAGAGCUGUCAUCGCUUCUAUGGAUCGUGUCGGCUGGGGUUUGGAAACUUCAGCAGUGAAAAUGGCUACGACAAACUUUUCUCAUUUUGCCAAUCUUGUGCAAAAGUUCUGUUCUAAUUCGAUAAGAACGCUGCGAUUGGCUCUGCUGGCUGAGAGUAAAUUCCCAGAUCGCUAUAAACUUGUCAGAUACGAGGAUCUGGUAAAAUUACCAUUAAAUGUUUCUCAAGGACUAUUUGAUUUUACCGGCAUUCCAAUGUCGGAUCAAGUCAUGAACUAUCUAAACAGUGGUACACAAUCACGUAACAGUGGGGCCAAUCACGCGUAUGGAACACUUAGGAAAAAUGCGUCUCUGUUGAUAGACGCUUGGAGAAAUCAAUUCAGUAUUGAAGCCGUACGAAUGGUGGAGUCACAAUGCUGGCCAGUUUUGGAAAUACUUCGGUACACACCUAUCCAUCGCCCGGUUCUGCUAGGCACGUGA